GAGAUGAUUCCGAAGAAGAAUGCUGUUUUGGUGGAUGGGGUCAUCCUAAAUGGUCCCAUAAUGGACUCAAAGGCAGGAGAGAAGUUCGUGGAAGAGGCCUGUAAGAUUAUAAUGGAAGAAGUCAUACAGAAAGCUGAUGAUGUAACGGAAAAGGUUUGUGAAUGGCGAGCCCCUGAAACGCUGAAGCAGAUUCUUGACCUGGAAAUGAGGGACACCGGAGAAUCUCAUCAGAAACUCUUGCAGCUCUGCCGGGAUGUUAUACAGUACAGCGUCAAAACCAGUCAUCCAAGAUUUUUCAAUCAGCUAUAUGCUGGAAUAGAUUAUUACUCGUUAGUGGGUCGUUUCAUUACAGAAGCACUGAACCCAAGUGUAUAUACAUAUGAAGUAUCCCCUGUGUUUCUGUUGGUGGAAGAAGCAGUCAUCAAGAAGAUGAUUGAGUUCAUAGGCUGGGAAGAGGGUGAUGGUAUAUUUAAUCCAGGUGGCUCUAUUUCUAAUAUGUAUGCUAUGAACUUAGCAAGAUACAGAUUUUGUCCUGAGAUAAAGGAAAAAGGGCUUUCAGGUUUGCCAAGACUAGUCCUGUUCACUUCAGAAGAGUGUCAUUACUCCAUGAAGAAGGCAGCCUCCUUCCUGGGUAUUGGUACCGAGAAUGUUUACUUCAUCAAAACAGAUGAAAAAGGUAAGAUGAUGCCUGAGGAACUGGAGAAACAAGUCCAACGGACUAGGAAAGAGGGGUCAGCACCAUUUCUUGUCUGUGCUACAGCAGGCACAACAGUGCUGGGAGCAUUUGAUCCUCUGGAUAAAAUUGCCGAUAUCUGUGAAAAGCAUGGCCUCUGGCUUCAUGUUGAUGCUUCUUGGGGUGGCUCGGCUUUGGUAUCGAGGAAGCAUUGCAGACUUCUUCAUGGCAUCCACCGGGCGGAUUCUGUUGCCUGGAAUCCUCAUAAAAUGCUGUUGGCAGGAAUCCAGUGCUGUGCUCUUCUGGUGAAAGACAACUCUGGCCUCCUGAAGAAGUGUUACUCCGCCAAGGCCGCGUACCUGUUCCAGCAGGACAAGUUCUACGAUGUCAGCUAUGACACUGGUGACAAGUCCAUUCAGUGCAGCAGGCAUCCGGAUGCCUUCAAAUUCUGGCUGAUGUGGAAAGCACUGGGAACUACGGGCCUCGAGGAGAGAGUAAACAGGGCACUGGCUUUGGCUAGAUAUCUAGUGGAGGAAAUUAAGAAGAGAGAGGGAUUCAAGCUUCUUCUGGAGCCAGAGUAUGCAAAUGUGUGCUUUUGGUACAUUCCACCAACCUUAAGAAAAAUGGAGGACGGACCUGAAUUUUGGCAGAAGCUACACCAGGUUGCUCCUAUAAUUAAAGAAAGGAUGAUGAAGAAGGGCAGCAUGAUGCUUGGAUACCAGCCUCACCGGGGCAAAGUCAACUUCUUCCGCCAGGUCGUCAUCAGCCCGCAAGUUAGUCGAAAGGACAUGGACUUCUUGCUGGAUGAAAUUGAACUGCUUGCUAAGGACUUGUAG